GACUAGCUGCCUAGUAAGCGUACAAAACCACAUAUUGGGACGCAGCCUUUAGUUUUUUAAUACUGAAUCUAGACUUUUCCCAUCCCCCCUGACCACCCCCUCUCCGAGCCCUGGUUUAAUUUAUUCUCCUGUGUUUUUUACUCUCUGUGGGUCAUAUUUAAUUCGUUCAUUAUCGCCCCCGCCCCUCCUCCCGCUCUGGCCGUGGUGAGGAUGCCCGUUUGCCGCUGGUGAAUCCGGUCUCGGCCCUCCUCCUGUGUCGUCACCUCGCUCGACUACAAAACGCUUCAUGGAGACCCAGCGGCCGUCUCCGGUCCUGGCGAGCGGCGACACGGGAGCGAAAUGAAAGCCUGGGCUUUGGUUUUCAGGUCGGCGGGGAGCCUGCUUGGCCGGCCGGCCCGACCGGGGAGCAGCGCGGUGCCGCGGAGAGGGACAGCCGGCUCAGUCUCACCAGCCAGCGGCAAGUAUGAGCCAAGCUUUGGGUUGCUGUUUGACAUAGAUGGGGUUUUGGUCCGUGGCAGGACCCCCAUCCCAGCCGCCAAGAAAGCUUUUCAAAAGUUGGUGGACUCCAAAGGCCAGUUAGUUGUUCCUGUUGUUUUUGUCACAAACGCUGGGAACUGUCUUCGGCAGAAGAAAGCAGAUCAGCUGUCUCAUAUACUGGGCAUUCCUAUUUCCCAAGAUCAAGUCAUGAUGUCUCACAGUCCUUUAAAAAUGUUCAGAAAAUUUCAUGAGAAGUGUGUGCUGGUAUCGGGACAGGGCCCAGUGCUGGACAUAGCCAAAAACGUGGGCUUUACCAAUGUGGUCAGUAUCGACAUGCUGAGAGAAUCUUUCCCAUUGCUGGACAUGGUGGAUCAUAACAGACGCCCCAAACUACCAUCCUCCCCUAUUGUGAACCUGCCUAAGGUUGAAGCUGUGAUUCUUUUUGGGGAGCCCAUUCGAUGGGAGACCAACCUGCAGCUGAUAAUCGAUGUUUUACUGACCAGCGGGAAUCUGAGUAAUGUGUACGAAACCUCUCACUCCUCCCAUCUGCCUCUACUGGCCUGUAACAUGGACCUCAUGUGGAUGGCAGAAGCACAAGCUCCACGAUUCGGUCACGGCACAUUCAUGGUGUGUCUAGAGAACAUCUAUAAGAAAAUCACAGGCCAGGAUCUGAAGUACGAGGCUUUGAUGGGAAAACCCAGUGAACUUACCUACCACUACGCAGAAUAUCUCAUCCGAGAGCAGGCCGCCGAGAGGGGCUGGAAUAGGCCAAUCAGAUCCCUCUACGCUAUUGGAGACAACCUAAUGACGGACAUCUACGGUGCCAACCUCUACAACCGCUACCUCGAGGAACGGCUGGCCAGGAAGAGCACCAAAGCUGUGGCACAAGUGGUAGCUGCUACCGGAGCGCCCACGCCAGUCAGCCAGGAAUUGGACGCAGAGAGCAUCUGGGAGAGCGAGCUGGCCUCCCCGUCAGCCACCUCCUGCAAGUCCAUCCUGGUGUGCACAGGAGUGUACAACCCCCACAACGAGGUGCCUAAAGACGCGAGCCAGUGCAUCAAGGAGACCGUGUUCCACGGGCACCGCGACUUCCGCUUCGACCCAGCGCUGGUGGAGCCCGGGAACGUUGUUCAGGAUGUGGACGCUGCUGUCGAACUGAUUUUUAAAAUAGAGAAAUUCUCAACUGCAGUUUAGGUAAAUUAAGAAACCUGCAUGGACCUUCAUCAGAAGAAUCCGUAGUUUGUCAUUUUUUGGACACAUUACCAUUUCACAACUGAUAUCAAAUAGAAUCUCAAUAAGAACAAAGUACGAACACUUUAUUGUUUUUAAGCCUAAUGUCUUCAGCAUUCGUAUCAUAAUCCUGCUGAAGAAACUAGAUUGGUCAGUUCAAACUGUUCAAGCUGGUUAAGCAGGUUGAUCAGCAUAGGAUGAUUUUGAUUGAGUUUGAUAAUGUUUAUGGUCAUUAGCUGAUUAGUUGAUUACUCUUACCACGAGAAUCAAUCAGUAUGAUCAAGCUUAUUGACCAUCAUAGGCACCACUGUAAGGUGUGCUUAUGAUUGGGUUUGUUGGUUUAGCUGGUUUGUCAGUAUAGUCAGACCAAGCUGAUGGACCAUCGUGACCAUCUUAACCAAGCUAGUGAAGACCGUUGACAAGUAAAGCCAUCAUUACUAGCCUCAGCUGGCUAGUCAACCAGUAUGACCUAGUUUUUUGGCCAGCUUCUUCAAGAUAGUCAGCCAGUAUAACCAAGCCGGCUAACCAGCAGGACCAGCCCUACCAAGUAAGUCUACCAGUAUGACCAAGGUUGUUGACCCCCAAAGAGACCACUAUAUGUUUUGCUUUUGAUUAAUUUUGUUUGUUUAGCUGGUUUACCUGUAUAGUCAGCCAGUAUGAACAAGCAAGUAGACCAGCAUGACCAGUCUCAGCAGGCUAGUCAACUGGUAUGAUGCAUUUUGUUGACCUGUCUGACCAACCUGUUCUAGCUAGUAAACCAGCAUAACCAUCAUGACCAUCCUCAUUGACCAGCAUAACUAGCCUCAGAAGGCUGUUCAACCAUUAUGACCAAGAUACCCUCAUAGGGACCUGUAUAAUGUGUGCUUUUCAUUAAGUUUGUUGGUCUUGAUGGUUUACCAGUAUUAGUAAUCCAGUAUGACCAAGCAAGUCAAUCAUUAUGAUCUAGUUUGUUGACCGGCCUGACCAGCCUUUUUAAAGUUAAUCAACCACUUUGGCCAAUCUGGCAACACUACAAAUAUCAUGACUACAGUGGUUCACUAGCUUAACCAGUACCAGUAAUACAAAAGUAUUAACUACUCUACCAGUUUAUGCAGCUGGCUUAACAGUAUUGGGUAAAUAGUUUUUAGCCUUUCCAGGACAUUGACCAUGAAAAUCCAAAAAUCCUUGUCUUGACCUCCUGAGAAGGAUCAGAAUCAGAAAAUUAGAGCACCUUCAAAAAUAGUGCUGUUUGUCCUUCCAACAAAUAACCAUUUAAUAACAAUUUCUACCUUUUUAUUGCAACAAUUUUUACAUUAAGGUAAUAAAAUGUCCUUUAUGUUGACAUAUAUCAUUUAUUUAAUGCAUGCAUAGCACAGUAUUCUACACAAGUAGAGAAAGAAACUGACUUCUCCCCAAAAGGAAAAAUGGUUAAUAUAUGGUUAUUCGUGAGAAGGGCUUAAUUAGGUCAGUAUAAAGUUUACUAGUUCAGUUUUCUGUUUGAGGUUAAAAUCUAAAUUAGAAACUGGGUUUCAAACUUCAGGAUAUAUUUUUUCUAAUUUAUUAUAGUGAAAAGGUUUUCAUUUCUAGUUUUUCAUUUCUGCUCAGGAAUCUGAAUUUCAGAGAAAAUAUAAAGUCUGUUUGAUUAUACUAUCUGAUUGGGGGGGAAAUAAGAAAAUCAAGUAUAUAUUCAUUUUUGUUUGAUGAAAUUCAGAUUGUGAGGUGGAGAAAUGUAAAACUAGAAUAUUGGAAAUUGUAUUUAAAAAUAUGUUUCGUUUAAAUAUACCAAAUUGGAAAAAAACAGAAAUAAUGAGGUUUUAACCUAUUUUUCUAUAUUGAGCCUAAAUGGUCAGGAAACUGAUAAAUGUUCUAGUGACCUCUUUAGAUCAGACUGUGGGGAGCAGAAAAUACCUAUAAUACUGUAACUGGAUUUUAUUGCAGUGUGUUUUUUUUUUUUUUUUUGCACAUUUUUGCAUAUCGUGAACCAUACUUAUACAGGCUACGCAUAAUUACAGUUCAGUUAUUUUGUUAUUUUAUUACGGUACUUUACUGUAAACUGUAGUUCAGCCAUUUAUUUUGUGAUUCUAACAGUAAUAUAGUUCAGUGUGGCUCUUCAGUGAUUAGGGUUAGAGUGAACAUGACCCUUUUCCACUGAGUCGAGGCCAGUUUUACCAUAUUAUUUACUCUGAUACUGUUUAAACACAGGGUACAUGUUCACACAGCAGUGUAAACAGUUUUGAGUUGAAUCAAUGCUGUAUUUUUCAGUUUUGUCAAUAGAAAGUGUUUGUCAGUUUUUAGAAUCAAUAUUGUAGAGGCACUGUGAGACCCAUCUGAUCCUUCUUCAUAUCUGUGUAUUUUACAGUCGGUUUUAUUUUUAACAAAAAUACUGUUUGUUGUUACUGCUUCAUUUAUUUUAAGUAGUUUAGUAAUGUAAUAUAUAGAAUUUAAGCACAAUCGCAAGCAGUAACAAAACACACAGGUCAGUUAUUUAUUAUUAUUUUUUUUUUCUGUUUCAGACAACCUGGCAUUAUACAUAAAAUGUAAUCAAUAAUAUAUUAUUAUUGUUUUUAGGCCUGUCAAGAUAAUUGCAUCAUAUUAAUUUAUUUAUCAUACAAUAUAUGAACAUGACAUGUCAACUUUUGCUGACCUCAAUAUUGCACAUUAUAUUUUUGGAGGAAAGCCCAUUUACCACUUUGUUGAAUUACAGUGACUUAUUCAUAUAUUUUAUUUAGAAUAUAAUUUUUUUGUAUUUUCAUUUCUAAAUAUUAGUUCUAAAUUAUAUAAAAUAAAAAAUAAUUAAAUAUCCUAAUAAAUAAAAGUCUUACAAUUUUAAUAAUACUAUUUAUCGCAAUUAUUUCUAGGACAAUAUAUCAUCCAUAACUAAAAACUAAAAAUAGUUAUCGUGUCAGGCCUGUAGUAAACAUAUACUUGUUAUAUUCCCACAUUUAAUAAUAAAUAUCUGUAACAAUUGCUAUAGACUGUUUUGUUUUAUUGAAACAAACAAAGAAAUAGGUCAGCAUAAUCAGUUUUGUUCUCAGUGUUUUACAUUUACAGUUCUUUUAUUGUUACUUUUGUUGUGCACUAAUGGUGUCACUUGUGUCAUCAUCAUUUAUUUUACAGUAAUUAGGAUUUUAGAUAGUAAAUCUGGUUCAAAAGAAUUGCUUUUUACAUGAGCAAAGGGAGCAUUUUGAUACGACACUGAAUUUACUGAAAUUACUCUGGUCUCAUUUUUUUAACGGUGCCUUAUCUAUGAUUUUCACCCAAGUUACAGUUUUUGAAAAUGUUCAGUUUCUGUUUUUUGUCUGAAAAACCUCGUACACUCAGAUUGCACCAUUAGAACCACUAAGUUGUCAACAUAGCAUUAAAAAUGGUGCCACUGUUCUAACAGAGAACUGCAUGUGUGAUGUAUUUAUUUUCUAUUAACAGAUUUAGAGUUAUUCAAAGUAUUAAAUAAAUAAAGCAGUAUUUCAUUCAGAUCCUUAA